AUGUCUGCUGUGGGCCAAUCAAUCUUCUUCACUGCUUGGGGUGCGGCACUCACCAACGCAACAUGCGUGGAUUCAUCGUCUACCACCGAAUGGGGUUAUCUUCUCGCGCCCUAUCUCGAAAACGCCCUGAGACACGCUGAUCGCUACACACCAGACGACAUCCAAAAACAUGUAGGCUUCUUUCUGCAUCACAUCGCUCCAUAUCUUGGUUUAGCUCCGAUCGCAAACACCAUCAAUGACCAGACCUCCUACACGCCUCAGUAUCCUUCAGCCAUGGCCAACGACCUGACGCCGUUCGAGCUCAGUUUGUGCUGGAAGAGCCUCAAGCAAGAAUACAAGCCUAUCGUUCGCUUUGUCAACGAUAUCAUUCCCUCGACUGGGGAGCGGACGCGGUCUGCCUCGCUUUCAACGGCGAUUACCGUCAUCGAUACUCUGGAAGAGGUUGCUCGCGAUAAUGACUCCUCGACACUUAAGCUCCAGGUGCUCCCGGAGCUAUGGAAGCAAAUCACAGAGACACUAUACUCCCAUGAAGCCAUCGUACAUCCCCUGGGAACCUGCUCGCAGUGCGGCUCAUCCUCCACCUUUGUAGGCUUCGACCUGGCGCCCUCAGUCCUCAGCAGCAAGUUCUACUGGCUUCUCCCCUCUUGCCAGAAUACCCCGGAAGUGCUAUCUCUGAUGGACAAAGUGUUUUCUGCCUGCGGCCUCACAAACGACUACUUCGCUUCCUCAACCUUCCUCACACCCUGGCACCAGAUCCGCACCCAUAUCGAAACAAACCACAGCACCCUCCGCCCGAGAAUGCUGUCACUAGACGCAACGCAGUUCCCAGCUCCGCGUAUCAAAAUCUACACCCGCUCUCUAUUCGACAAGACAGCCGCCUUCGAUGACUGGGAGAGGCAUCUCAACUUGGGCGGCGUGGUCUCCUACCCUGACGAUUUCCGCGCCACAUCUUCCGACCUCUGGACGUCUCUUGCGGAGAAUCCUAGAGAAUGGGCUGAGUCACGGCCAAACGCAGGCCCAAAACACAAUCUCGUCCUGUAUGAGCUUACGACGUCGUCUCCGUCGAGUUCGGGGGAGAAGGGCGAUCUGGGGAGGAAACUCUCCUGCAAGCCUUAUAUCAUGUGUCAGGAGAUUCCUCGUCCGGACUCGUUUAUUGCGAAGCAGUUACUGCGCCACUGUAAACUAGCUGCACAUGCAUCUAUCCUUAAGGCAUUCGCCGAGGCAUCUCAGCCGACUAACUUUAUCUCCGAAAUCGGACUUGCACCCCGAACAGAAGGGACAGAAGUCUCUAUCUAUCUUAAUCCGGCUUUCUUUUCGCGGCAGGCCUGGGGGGUUGCGGGGGACGGUUACAUGACCAAGCACCGUAUCACUCUCCCUGCUAAGACAGACGUUUAG